AUGGAUGAGCAAACAUAUCAAAAAAUUAAUUUCUAUUCAAAUAUACAACAAACAAAUUUUACAUUUGAUGUAGCUAAAGAGAUUUUACCUGUUAAAUUAUUAAUUAUUAUAUUAUAUUCAUUUAUUACAUUAAUAGGUGUAACUGGUAAUCUAUUAGUUGUAUGGAUUGUAUUACGUGUUAAAUUAUUACAAACAAUUACUAAUAUAUUUAUAGCAAAUUUAGCUAUUUCUGAUAUUUUAAUGAGUCUUGUAGCUACACCAUUUACACCAUUAUCAUUAUAUAUGAAUGAUUGGACAUUACCUGAAGCUGUAUGUAAAUUAUUACCAACUACUAUGGGUGUUUCUGUUUAUGUAUCUACAUUAACAUCAAUGGCUAUUGCUUUAGAUAGAUUUUUUGUUAUUGUACAUCCAUUUUUACCAAGAAUGAAAGUAUGGUUAUGCUUUAUUAUUAUAUUUACUGUAUGGAUUAUAGCUGUACUUAUUUCAAUGCCAUUAGCUGUUUAUCAACAAAAGCAUAAAGAUCCUAUUAAUAAUGUAUCAAGUUGUCGAGAAAAUUGGCCUAAAGAAUCAUCACGUGAAGUGUUUACAAUUGUUAGUUUUGUUUUACAAUUUGUUAUACCUUGUAGUAUUAUUUCAGUGUGUUAUUUUCGUAUAAGUUUAUUAUUACGCGCUAGAUUACAUACACAAAUCGGUAGUGGAACUAAAACACAUAUAAAAGAGGAACGUGAUAUAAAACGUAAACGUCGAACAAAUACAAUGUUAAUAGCUAUGGUUGUAAUAUUUGUUAUAUGUUGGAUACCAUUAAAUAUUUUAUGGAUGGUUAUGGAUGUACAUAGUGAAGAACAAAUAAAUGAUGUACAAAAUUCUAAAAAUUUCACUUUAAUAUUUUUUAUAUGCCAUUUAUUAGCUAUGAGUAGUGCUGUAUAUAAUCCAUUUCUAUAUGCAUGGAUGAAUAGUAAUUUUCGUAAAGAAUUUCAUCGUAUUUUACCAUGUUUCUUUUUAAAAUCAAAAUUUUAUACAAAUCAAAUUACUACACAAACUAUUGGCGGUGAAUAUACAGCUAUACGUAUAAAUUAUCUUAAUUCAACAAAUCAACUACCAUCGACUAUUCAUAAAACUAAUGAAGAAUUCAAAGAGACUAGUCAAAUUUUAUCCAAUAAAUUAAAUUUAAAUCAUAAACCACAACAAACUAAUAAAAUUAAUCUUGAUAAUGAACUCAAUAGCAGUAAUAAUAAUGAUAAUACUUUUAUUAGUCAUAUUGAUGAGACAAAUAAACAAUAUGAUGAUAAACAAUUGAUGCAUAGAACAGAAGUGACAAUUUGUCAUAAUCCAUCAAAUGAUAAUUUAAACAAAAUCAAUAUAAAUUUAAAUGAUCAAAUAGAAAUGAAAAAUAUAGAUGAUAAUGAUAGUAAUGAUGAUCAAUUAUUUGAAAAUACGAAUUGUUCACGAACAUUGAACCUUGAAUGA